AUGGCUCUUGAGCCCGGAUCCGGUCGUCGCUCAGUGUCUCCAGAGAGCUCAGGUCGAGACUCCCCCAUUCCACGGCAAUGGAGGAAUCAACUCGGUGAAGAGGAUUAUGCUAUCAAGGAUAAAUCCUAUCGCAAAUAUGCCCACGGAGUUGACAGAGCACUUGUAUUAUUCGAAACUGCUCUAGAAGAAUGGGCUGACUACAUAUCGUUUCUAAACAAGCUUCUCAAAGCUUUGCAAGCUCGUCCAAAAUCAGUCAAUACGAUUCCAUCCAAGGCGACUGUUGCGAAACGACUUUCUCAAUGUCUCAACCCUUCUUUGCCAUCCGGCGUCCAUCAAAAAGCUUUGGAAUUGUAUAAUCUGGUAUUCUCAGUCAUUGGGAAAGAUGGUCUAUCAAGAGAUCUUCCGCUCUAUCUGCCAGGACUAGCUACAGUCCUCUCCUUCGCUUCGUUGUCUGUACGAGCACCAUAUCUCGACCUCCUCGAACGGCACUUCCUCGGUAUCGACCCUCGAUCACUCCGCCCAGCAAUGAAAUCCAUGAUUCUAGCCCUGCUUCCUGGUUUAGAAGAAGAGACAAGUGAGGAUUUCGAACGUACGCUGCGCCUAGUCGAGAGCUUCAAGCAUGCCAUUAGGCCGUCAUACAGCGAAGUGAUCACUGAACAACAUUCUUCGGGCGAUACUUUCUUCUGGCAAUGCUUCUUUCUAGCUUCGAUCACCAGCCAAAGCCGUCGUUCUGGUGCACUCGCAUACUUGAUACGAUUCUUGCCACCUUUAGGGCCACAAGCUGCCCCUGAGGACAAGAAUCCAGCGACAACACAAAGCAACACCAACGAGGACACUCAGAGCAAACUUGCCACCGUCGUCACGUCUCCAGAGCCUGGCCUAUUGCUGCGGUGUUUUGCAAGUGGCCUCUCGGAUGAGCAGUUACUAAUUCAGCGUGGCUUCUUGGACUUGUUGGUUUCUCAUCUCCCCCUGAACGCUCAUGUCAUCCAAUCGCGGGUCAAACCAGAUGAUCUGGAAUUGCUUCUCAAAGCCGCUGUUGGUGUAGUCACUCGACGUGAAAUGAGCUUGAACAGACGCUUAUGGGCGUGGCUGCUAGGGCCCGAACCGAUAACUGAACAUGAUCACAGUGGCGAGACUCCAAGCAGUCCUCCUGCAGAUCAACACAGCUUUGCAGCCUCAAGAACUCAUUAUUUUGAGGACUUUGGACUACACCCCUUAACAAAGGCCAUACUGCAAAUGAUAAAGAGCAGCUCUCAUAAUGCUGCCAGUGAACGUGCCAAGCCUUAUAGAAUAUGUCUCUCGUUGAUGGAUAGGUGGGAAAUUGGCGGCUUAGUUGUACCUGAAGUCUUUCUUCCUAUGAUCGAGAGCGUGCGACACUUCAAAGACCAUGCCGCAAGCAAAUCAGAGUUCAACGAAAUCUUGCCAAGCGCCAGUACUUUCUUUGAUGGCAUUGAGAGCGGGCUCAUCUAUGGUGAAAUCGCCGGGCUUCUUGCACAGGCUCUGGGCCCAGGAUCCCUGAGCGCACAUGAGCGGAAAGACAAGCUUUCGCUAGUCAGCUUCAUCUUGACAAAUUUCAACGUUCGAGAGGAAGAAAUGGUCACUAUUCAUGCUCCUCUAUGCUGUUUGACCGCUCUAGCCAUGCUAGAAGACUUCAAAGAGCGUAUAUUAACCCACGGCAGCACAGAUCCGCAACUGCUCUCUCUGUCCAGCCAGGCCCAGAGCGUUGCUCUCUCGCUUUUGGACCUUAUACCAGAAAGAGUGUUUCCUGAAAUCACAGAAGACCUGAAGAAUGAGAGGAGCAACUCGGUCCUGCCCUCUAAUGGCGAGAUAUUGAAAAAGUCGCAGAACUUUUACGUCAAUGAGCAGGGUAAUAUCGAGGCAUCUCCACCACCAUUCAAUGCCUUGACCGUAGGACAGACAAUUCUAGACAAGGCUGCUCAAUUUGUCUGCCAAGAUCUAGGGUCGUCCGAGACUGACCUCAACGCUUGCGUCAGACUCCUCGUUCAUGCAGUAUACAAGACUCCAAAGACAUACCAAGUCAAAGAGAAACAACUACUGAAACUUAUGCAUGGCCUUCUUGAGCAACCGGACAUUAUGGCCUUCCUUUCUUUCUCAGCCAUCUUACAGCUAUCAACUCAGCUAUAUGACGCUGAGCGGAUCGAGACAACUCAACUCUCAAGCCUGAUACCUCUUCUAGUCCGACAUGCCUGGACAUACCUUUCGGCAUCUGAGCCAAAGUACCAUGUGGAAGCAGUUAGGGGUUUGUGGCAAUUGCAGUCAGCUCUCUCGACAUCCAACCGCGAUAUUGAAGCAGCGCUAUCCAGUCUUAUCAUUGCACAAGAUACCUCCCGCUGUCACGGUGUUGAGCCUGUAGACAAGGGCCGCGCUUUGAGUGUGUUAUGGUCGCACACCCUCCAAGACAACGCCCCUGCCGAACGAAGAGGCUCAAAAACGCCGAUCCAUGAUAUAAAGAGCCUUCCUCGACUUGCUGGGGCUGAUAAUUACGAAGUCAUGCUCACGCAGCCAAUAUUCCUUAUACUCGACGCUCUGGAAGAUGACCGCACCCAACUCUACAUGACGGUUAAGUCAUGGCUGAAUACUAUGCUAGGAAUUGAUCGGCUCUUUCUGAUAUUUGUUUCUAGGCUGUCUGAGAUACCAUUUCUGCAAACACUGACACAAAGCGACGUGAAGGGCGGUCAAGUCUCAACAUCGUUUUCCAAGGGCGAAGAUCUGGAUCUGGCCCUUUACUACUUACGGACACUGUCAAAUAUACUGGCGUGUGCUGGGGAGAUUUCUUGGACUGUGCUGGCGUCCAAGCAUGAGUUCUUCGUGAACGCGUGCAUAAGAUGCAUAACGACGAAUCCCACCGAAGCAGCCACACAGGAGUCUGACAGUCGUGUCAACCAACUCUACCGAUACGCUCUUAGCCUCCUUCACAAGUUUCUCAAUAGCCCCUUUGCUACUCACCUGUCAGCUCAACAUCUUGAGGACGUGCUGAUCGAACGGCUUGAGAAGUCGCUCCAAGGCUCCGAUGCAUAUGUGCAGGUCCUCUUGCUUGAGGCCGUUUAUGAUACACUAAAGCUUCGAGACGUUGCUCCCAUUGAAGCUCCUGCGUCUCCCAUUUCUGAACGAAGGAUGUCAACAUUUGAUCCUCGAGGAAGUCGUCCAUCACUUUCAGCACCGGAAAUCCGUCCAAUUGCGACACCGCCGCCUCAACUUCUCCAGUGCCUUCAAGAUGGUCUCAGCUCACCAAGCAGCCGCCCAGUCCUCGAUAGUUGGGUUGCUUUCGUAUCUGAGUGCCUACCGUUGUACUCGGAUUCCAUCUUUCAGGUAGUCAUUCCUCUAGUUGAGACACUUUGCAAAGAAAUCGACAUGACCUUUGCCAAUUUGAGGGGAACCUUUUACUCGAAUGCUCUCUCAAUCGGCAGUGAGAAGCAAUCCCCCGAGUCUACACUGAUAUUUCUGCUUAAUGGCCUCGAGCAAGUUCUAGCAAGAGCGCAUCAGCGACUUCUAAACGAGGAGGCUCGGACACAGGUCAUUAAGGGUCCGGACCAGCCCCAAUCACUCUUUGGGAGCAUGGUAUCAAAUGUCUGGCAGUCAGACAACACUCAAUCCCGCAGUGCAACAGCAAACGACCGAUUGACCGUCCAUCUGGCUUUUCAAGAUGCGGUUCGCAUUUGUUACAAGAUCUGGACAUGGGGUCAGGGUGAUGACUCAAAUAAGCAAGAUCAAGGUUCUUUUGGGUCGUUCAACUAUACAUCUCUGCGCAUGCGCAAUCGCUCUAGAAGGUUACUGGAACACCUUUUUGCUGCAGAAAGCCUCGAGUGUCUUGAGACCGUUAUUGCUAGUUGGAAGCAGUCGACUGAGGAAGGAGAACCCACCCAAGUUUUCAACAUGUUAUCGGCAUUAGAGGCAUGCCGACCAAAACACUGUAUUCCGGCUCUCUUUGGUGCCAUCUACCGUCGUACAAGUGCUGGCAACGCCGAUCCUACAUCAAAGUCGACAAUGACAAUUUCGUUGCAAGACACUGAUCUCGUCAAGUUUCUAGUGGAGUACACGAGAACAUUGGAUGAUGAUGCUAUGGAUGAAAUCUGGCAGGACUGCAUGGCUUUUCUUAAGGACCUUCUAACAAAUCCAUUCCCACAUCGGCAGACAUUGCCAAAUCUUCUAGAAUUCGCUGCUCUUCUAGGAGAGAAGGUUGACAAUACCAAUUUUGGAGAACAAAGAAGAAUGAGAAAAGAACUAGGGGACACCUUCAUCCGUCUGCUUGCUGCUCUGUUUACUACAAGGCCGAUUGCAUUUGCUGACCCAGCAAUGUCAAGCGGCGGCAUCCCCAAAUCCGAUUCUGGCAAUACUAUCAAUGGAUACGGCGAUGGACCAGAUGAGGUUGUUUCUAUUCUGGCUGGAAUCGUUCCUAAAUUAGCAAAGAUUCUUGUCGAGCCCGAUAGAGUACUUUCAGCCUCGGCGACUAUUUCGACUAAUGUCAUCGGACCAACACUAAGGGCCAAGGGGUUCCCUGAAAUAGUAACCCAGAACACCAUGCGCCUUCUUCAUGAGUUAUCAAAAGUGCAAAAUAACCAGAAGAACUGGAAGAAGGAUGUGGGUGACGCCUUCAAUGAUGUGAAGUUCUUCGGAAUGGAUAUGGACUUGGUGAAGGACGAUUGGCUACCGCUGCUAAAGCAAUGGACUUUUACUGAUAAAGAAAAGAUGUCCGAAAUUGUUAGUCGCAUCAACGCUCCGUCAACAGCUGGUAUUGUGUUUGGUGUUGGUGCAACAUCUGCCCGCCUCGAGGCUGAUCGCAAGACGCAACUCAAUCUUCGAAGAAUUGCAACUUUGAUCCUCGCGGGUUCGGAAGAUGCGUUUGUUUCGGAUCUGUCGGACAUAUUUGGAAAGCUGGCUGAGCUUCUUGGUGCCUCGUCAACAUCGUCGCCAUCAUCAACCACUCGAGCAGAUAUCUACAUGGUGUUCCGUGCUCUUGCUCUUAGAACCAGUGCAAUUCAUCUGGGCAUGUUAUGGCCAGUAGUCAACGCUGAGAUUCAUGCAGCUAUCUCUUCAGUUGCUGCGGCCGACAACAGUACUGCUUCUGACACUUACACCAACGCUUCGGUCCUACAAGCCUGCAAGCUGUUGGAUCUUCUGAUUUGCGUUGCGCCGGACGAUUUCCAGCUUCAUGAGUGGCUUUUUAUCACUGACACUAUCGACGCCGUAUAUAGGCCAUCGACCUAUCAACCUGUGGCUCUCGUUGACGAACUUUCCGACGAGCUCGGAGCUACUGUGGCUGCUUCAAAAUUCCACUCCUCUUCGGUGGUGAACCCAGUGGUACAGGGGUCAUCUCGAAGGCCGCUACUCGGACUAGGAGGCAUUAAUGACGAUGUCAGCCUUGAAAGAAAGGACGAAUUGGUGGCCAAGGUGCUCCGGCCGUUCUUUGGACAGCUCAGCAUCUUUGCAUUUGAGUCUACUUAUGCUAUGGGACGCGUCGACAGAGAGGCAUGCGUCUCAAGCUUGUUGAAGGAUCUUUUUGAUGAGCAAAGUAUAGUUAGGGCACUGUAG